AUAAGGGGCUCGCGGCGCCUGCGCGCAGAGAGGCAGGCAGCAGGCUAGGCUGGGUGGCGGUUGGCUGGCGCGGGAACCAUGUCUCGCUACGGCCGCUAUGGAGGCGAGACCAAGGUGUACGUGGGGAACCUGGGCACCGGCGCCGGCAAGGGCGAGCUGGAGCGAGCCUUCAGCUACUACGGCCCGCUGCGCACCGUGUGGAUCGCGCGGAACCCGCCGGGCUUCGCCUUCGUGGAGUUCGAGGACCCGCGAGACGCGGAAGACGCGGUGCUCGGACUGGACGGAAAGGUGCUGUGCGGCUCCCGCGUGAGGGUGGAGCUGUCCACGGGCAUGCCCCGCCGCUCCCGCUACGACCGGCCUCCCGCGCGGCGCCCCUUCGAUCCCAACGACCGGUGCUACGAGUGCGGAGAUAAGGGGCACUACGCCUAUGACUGCCAUCGCUAUAGUCGCCGGCGGAGGAGCAGGUCACGGUCUAGAUCUCAUUCAAGGUCCAGAGGAAGAAGGUAUUCUCGGUCACGGAGCCGAAGCCGUGGUAGGAGAUCCAGGUCAGCUUCCCUUCGCAGAUCGAGGUCGGUGUCGCCUCGUAGAUCUAGAUCGGCCUCACCCCGCAGAUCCCGAUCACGUUCUUUAAAAAGAUCAAGGUCUAGAUCCAGAUCCAGAUCCAGGUCUGCUUUAUGGCCACGAAGCAGCCGAUCAAAGUCCAGAUCACCAUCUCCAAAGAGAAGUCGUUCACCAUCAGGAAGCCCUCGAAGGAGGAGUGCAAGUCCUGUAAGAAUGGACUGAAAUUUCAAAGUUAACCUUUUAGGAAGAAAGUUAUUUUGUUUACGUUGUUAUAAGGGAUUUUGUGUCUGAUGUAAAUGGUAAGGGCUUAGUCCUAGAAGGGUAUUUCAAUCAAAUAACAAUUGGCCUGGAUCGGGAUCUUCUAAAUUGUGACAUCACAUUCGUAGAUUAGUGCGCAACUUUUUUUGUUGUAUGCAUUCGCAUCCUGUGAUCUGAAAAUGUGGGACUUUUUUUAUUGACACAUAGAAAUAAAAUGUGUAUUUCUAACUAAAAACCUUUGUGGUAGCCCUACUGCUUCUGUUAAUGCUUCAGUAACUUUAAAGCAAGUCAUGUAUGUCAUUGAAGUUGACAUUAUACAGGUUGUCAAACAUGUAUCUUUAAUUUCUUAUUUUGUUCUGAGAUAUGGAUGAGGUGACGCAAGUUAAAGGUGAUCUGCAAAGUGUUAUUACAGAAGAUGCUUGUGCCUUUUUUAUAGGUUUUUGAUUCUGAAAGUAUCCUGAAAGGAAGGAAGUGUAACUUUUGUUCUACUGGUUUUUAACUUAAAAUGAUCGGGAAUGUAAAGUCUAGUCUUCCCUGGCUGUACUGUUGAAAGGAUUUUUUACUCACAGUGAAAAAUGGCUGUUAACUUUUAACCAGAGUGUUUAAAUUUUUGUAAACAGCUCAAUUACCCCUACUUUUUACAUAUAAAGAAGCAGAAAAGGGCACAAGCACAGGGGGGUUUUUUUGUUUGUUUGUUUUUUUGUUUGUUUUUUGUGGGUUACCUUUAAAUAGUGCAUGUUGAGGGAGAAAAAAAUACAGCUCUGUCAUGACUUCUCUUCUGCAACCAACUUUGUCCAAUUAGACAAAUUGGGGGGAAAAUGAACUAAACGAGUGACUUUAUGCAGUCACGAUCUGUUCUGCAACAUAUGUUACAAUCAUAAAGCAGCCUGUAUGCUGAUAGGCAAAACCUUUCAUGGUACUGGUAAGUUAAUUCCUGUAGUACGCACCAAAUACAUGAUUGAAGAGCAUAAAAUAAAUUGUAUAUGAGGAAGUA